AUGGACAUUGACAUGAGCCGCCGGAAUAAGAGGCCCCGUCCUCUAUCCAACGAGGAACGAUCGCGUCUUGAUGAAUUCAUCGAAGGGAUCCACUACUCCAACAGAUACAACGACAGCGAGUACGAGUACCGUCACGUGCAGCUGCCCAAGGCCAUGCUCAAGGCGAUCCCCGAAGACUAUCAAGAUUCCUCAAAAGGAACACUGAAGCUGCUAUGGGAGGAGGAAUGGCGCGCGCUAGGGAUCACACAGAGCUUAGGAUGGGAGCAUUACGAGGUCCACGAGCCCGAGCCGCACAUUCUCCUCUUCAAGCGCCCAAUCAAUUACCAGCCCGCGCUGCAACAGUGA